UCUCGUUUAGUUCUAUCGAGAAUGGUACAAAUCGCGGUUUGGUAAAUACUUUCAAAAUUCAUGAACCACAGAAAAAACAACCCAUGCAAGUCAUGGAUAGAGAGCAGUCUCUCUCCAUAAGAAUUCGAGAUGUCAAUCCUCACAUUGUCUGCUCACUAUGUGCUGGUUAUUUCAUUGAUGCGACAACUAUUGCAGAGUGUUUACACACAUUUUGUAAAAGCUGCAUAGUGAAGUACCUACAGACUACGAAGAACUGUCCACAAUGCAGUACAAAGGUUCAUGAGACACAGCCCCUGCUCAACUUACGGCCAGACCGAGUUAUGCAAGACAUUGUUUAUAAACUAGUGCCAGAACUUUAUGACAGUGAAGAAAGACGCAUUGAAGACUUCAAUCGGGCAAGAGGCAUUGCAAUUCACAAGAAAGAUGAGGUGGAAAAUGGUGAUAUGGCUCCAGCUGUCAAAAAUAUAUGCAACUUGCCUGAUGGUCAUCACUAUUAUCGUGAUGAACUGGUGUCGAUGUGCUUUGAUCGAUUCAGUGUGACUGCCAAAUUCAAUGAUAACCUCAUUUAUAGAUUACCGUGCCUGGAAAAAAAGUUUGUUCGGUGUUCCGUUCGGACCUGUGUCUCCCAUCUCCAGAAGUUACUAAGUGGAAGACUAAAUAUUCCAAGGACAUUAGAGAUUGAGAUAGUUUGCGGAGAACAAGUUGUGCCUUCAGACUUCAACAUCAAGCAAGUCUGGCUCAUGUUAUGGCAAGGACGGCCUUCACCAUUGAGAAUGUUCUAUCAAGUCCGGCCAAACAGAUAUAUCCCCAAUAACUUUAUCAAAUUGAGAGAACAAGACAAUAGCUUAAAUGCCCAAGAAUGGACAGGUGAACUGUAAAUUGCCAUAAAGAACAGUCAUGAUGUGCAUUUGCCAAUGAAAUCCGUUCUUCAGCUCUUGUGUUUUGCUUAUCAUGUGUCAAGAUUCUCGUUCCACGAGUGCAUUUAACAAACUAGAUUUGAUGUGAUCUGAUUUUCUAAGGAAUAUUCUUGUCAGGGAACUCUUGAUUGUACAUGUAUUUGUAAAUAUACUGUAAAUUGGAAUAAAUGUAACUAUAUUUUUAAA